GUGUCGCUCGCUCGCUUAAUCUGCAACACCGUCCCCUGGUCGCCUUACAAGAUUAGGUCAAUUAUUUCCAGCGACGCGCUCGAAAGAUUAGGUUACCCAAUCCUCAACCAGAACCGGCGCUCAGGGAACUCAUAUAUAUCCAAAGCUUUUGACGAUGCAAUCUAAGUUAAUUUUUCUUAUCUCUGCAAUCUGCACUAGCAUAUCGGGAUACCGCAGCGUCCGGCCAUGGCCCAAGCUCGCGUCGCCCUCGCGCUGUGCGCUCUGCUCCUCCAUGGCGUCGCCUGGGAGGCGCGGGCGGCGUCGUACACCGUCGGGGACAGCGCCGGCUGGGACAUCAGCGCCGACCUGCAGUCGUGGGCCGCCGCCAAAAUAUUCAACGUCGGCGACGUUCUAGUGUUCACGUACUCCAAGACCCACACCCUGGACGAGGUGGACGCGGCGGGGUACAAGAGCUGCAGCGCCGCCAACGCGCUGCUCUCCAGCAGCGACGGCAACACGACGGUGCCCCUGACGGCGGGCGGCGACCGGUACUUCAUCUGCGGCCACCAGAUGCACUGCCUGGGCGGCAUGAAGCUGCACGUGCACGUCACCUCGCCAGCCGGCUCCACGCCGCAGGGAAGCCCCGCGGGAGCCGGCGCCGGCGCCCCGCUGGCGAGCCCCGGCGCCGCUCUCGGCCCGGCUGGCGGCACCGACGACGACGCCGGCAUCCCCAGGCUCGACCUCGGCGGGUCGCACCGGCUGGGGAUGGUGUGGCCCGCGCUGGCGACAUUGUGGUUGUGCCUAGCUGCGGCUCUGUUUGUAUGAAAGUUUUUGUCAAACUUAUUGCUCGUUCUGAGUGAUUUUUAAA